CAUACCUACAGAUAUUGAUACAGAGACAUUGCCUGAUCAUGACCCAGAUAGAUUUAAAAACUUUUAUGAAAUAGAGCUUGAUGGAUAACCUGCAUUUAAAUUAUAAGACGGAGCAAGCUUCAUUCUAGAUGCCAAUAAUGGUUGGGUUGAUGAAAAGGAUUGUUAUUAUAAUAGUUUGGCUGAACCUAUGGGAUGGUUUGUGAAAUUUCCUGAUGGUCGGUCUUUCUUUUACAACUUAGAUGGAUUCUUUGUUCCUUACAAAAGAGAUCCAUCGAAGUUGGGAAAACACUAACAGAAAGUAAAUAUUACCAAAUUGGAUGCUGAUUACAACUUUCUUGAUAAUAAUGGAUGCUAUUAUGAUAAAUCUGGCGAACCUUUGGGAUGGAAAUUGUAAUGUGAAGAUGGUCAAUUUUACUUCUUUGAUAUGAAUGGAGAUUAUGUUGAUAUCUCUCCUAAUGAAGACACUAAUGAUCUAAAUGACUUUGAUUUAAGUGACUUCAAAUAGGAUUUUAGAUAAAAUGUACAAUAUAUUAAAUAAUCGCAAAAACCAUAUCCAAAAGAAGAGCCUAAGGAAAUCACUAAAAUCCAACCCUAAAUUUAAUAAUAGAAGUAAGUCUAAAAGCAAUAAUAAAAACCUAAGAUUCCCCAGAAACAUUAAAUAAUUAACUAAUAAUAUCAAUAAGCAUAAAUAAAUCAAAAAGCAAUAUAUCAUUAUGAACUUCCUGAUGCAACAAAGGAGACUAAGGAUUUGUUUGUUGCUCUUAUUAAAUCAAAAUUAGAGAAACCUGAAUUUGUGAAAAAUGAGUAGUUAUUUACUGUGAAAUCUGAUUAAGGAAAUAAAUAAUUGGAAUAGGAUCUAAAAUUGGAGAAUGGACAGUGUGUUAAAUUUAAAAAAUGAAGUUAUUAAUAAAAAUAUCAAGAAUUGUUAUUUAUUUUG